GUCAGUACAUGCGGUCUCGCCGCAGCGUGAGGAUUGUUUCUUUGCGAUCAGAUCCGAAGGAUCGAGGAUCAUGCCAGCGGACGCCGAACUCAGCAGCCUGCUCAGCAGGCGGCAGAGGAUCAACGACGAACUCGAGGAGGGCAAGGAGGUGAAGAAGCAGUACAAGUUUGUGAACGUUUAUACGGAGUUCCAUGAGCUGUCGCGCCGCGAGAUCAAGCAGUACGAGCAGACCUUCAACAGAUUUGACGAUGGUCGUGAUGGCUUCCUCGAUCUUACCGAACUGAAGCGAAUGAUGGAAGUUUUGGGUGCACCGCAGACGCAUCUUGGACUCAAAGCGAUGAUCCAGGAGGUCGAUGAGGAUGGCGACGGUCGCAUAUCUUUCCGUGAGUUUCUGCUGAUCUAUCGUAAGGCACGAGCUGGUGAGUUAGAACAGGAUUCCGGAUUGAGCCAGCUGGCCAGACUCACCGAGGUCGAUGUCGACGAGGUCGGUGUCACAGGCGCUAAGAACUUCUUCGAGGCCAAGAUUGAACAGCUACGAAAGGCCUCGAAGUUCGAGGACGAGAUUCGCAUGGAACAAGAGGAGCGGAAACGAGAGGAGGAAGAAAAAGCGGCGAGGCGAGAGCAAUUCCGGCAGAAAGCCGCGAUCUUCGGCAAAUAAUUGCGGAGCAAAAAUCACGGGAGAGCGAAAGCUGACGACUCGCUCGUUAGAAUACGAAGACGGAUUGUUUUGUAUUGCUUAAGUUUAUUUCCCAUGCUCGAAGCGGCCGAAGCGAUAUCCGACGCCAAUGCGCGACUCUAUAAAUCAUUUAAGUGCGCUUUGAAACGAUGUGAAAUUGCGAUUCGAUCACGACGGCGAUUGUGAUCAGAAGAAUUCUAAGCUAGAAUUGAAACCGCGAUAUAAUUUCUAUGCAAUUAACGUACGAAAGAAGAAUUUUAUACAAUUUUUAUUUUUGCAAAUAAUUAUUUCCGCCUAUCGAACGACAUUAAAAAUUGAACUCAGAAUACGAAAUGAUAACUCUUUCAAUUCUUAAGUUCGGAAAUAAAAUUCUUAUAGUUUUAUUGCCGAAGAUGAUUGAUUGCCAAUGAACACUGAAAUUUCU